UGCACAGACAAGGCCUCAGUUACGAUCAUGACCGGAUGGCAGUGGCCUUGUGUUGUUUCCUCAUCUGUGGAUUGGCAAUAGCAGCCUGGGAUAUUUGAUUAGGGGUCAUUUGUGGCAAUUUUUGAGGAGCUGUGUGUGCCUAUACAGUGGGCAGGAAGGCAUUCACAAGUCUGACUGGGGACCUGGGCUGAGGCCCUGCAGGCUCAGUGGAGCCUGAAAAUGCCAGCAGUGAUAAGACAACUUCUCCGCCAGCUCUCCUGGGGUGUUUGAAUCCUUGACUGCAGUAAAGGGUUUCUGCUAGCAUAGAGAUUGACUGCUUACUUGCCAGUAGCCUAUAUCAGACUUACAGUAUGUCAGAUAUUUUCACUCUUUUGUGGAGGGGUGCAAAGAAGGGCAUCCUUAUAGCAGCAGUUCCUUUCAAAUAAUAGGGGGAAGGAAUGAAUCCUCAAUUCUAGAAUCACUGAAAAAUACAUGUAAACUUGAAUCUUUGUUCCAAGUUAUUCCACCAUUGGAAAUCUUAAUUCUCACUGACUUAAGCAGAGUUAAACCACUUCAGGAAACAAUAAUGACAUCUGACAUGGAAACCUGGGGAAACAGUCUCCCUAUGGGGAUGCUAAGAAUAAACCCCAUGUGCCCCUACCAAUUAAGGCAUGUAGGCCUUCAGGCUGCCCAUUCAAACACAGCUCCCCUUCCCCUUUCUACUGUGGGCCCAGGGGCAGCUUUCCUGUGAAGCCUGCCUGUCUGUUAUCUGUUAUCUAAAGGCCCAUACUGCAGCAUUUCCCUUACCUCCCCACUGCCAUUCUCCAGACCCGUCCCUCUGUAUUUUGAUUUGUUUAAGAGAUCACUAUUUUAGAACACUUUGGUGAGAAAGGGUCAUUUGUAAUUACACCCACUUAUUAUUUCUUUAUUCAUAAUCUCUUUCACUUGAAAAAUAAAAGCAAACAGACACCAAAGCCUGCCUAGUCUCUCCCCAAACCUCUGAUAAGAGGAAAAUAUUUAGUUUUGAUGAUUUUUCUCCCUUCUAGGAACCAACAAUGACGCUCUAAUGCUCAAUGCCUCUUAGUUAUGUAGUAACCAUCCUGACUGGGAGGAACUAAGGCUAUUAAAAAACAACCUUUUUAUUUAAAAAAUCACUAGUAAUAAUUUGUGGUUUCUCUGGAUUUAAAAAAAAUGGAAAAAGCAACCAGGCAUGUCCAGCCUAUUUGCUGAUAAUUAUCAGGAGCAAAGAUUUCAUCCAGGGUUUAUCUUAAUGAAAAUUCAGAACACACUUGUAGUGUCCAAUAUUUGGGACACCUUGAGCUGUGGAAAAAUUCACAGGGAAAGGAAAGGAUCCAGGGGUGGUGUGGGGAGAGGUGGCCUGGGCUCGAGUUCAUUGUGUUGGUGGUGGCCUUCCCCUAUGCCGAUGAGGAAGGGGCACUAGGUUGGGCUUUUUGAUCUUACUCCUUGGGAGACCCUGGCACCUGAGGGUUCAAGCUCCUUAGGGCUAGGGUAGUUUAGUAUUGGAGGAGGGGUUCUGCUGGAAUAUUUGAAAAGGAUGAAGAGAGAGAGAGAGAUGGAAGCACUCGCCUGCCUUCACCGCCAGGCAAGUGGGCUAAUGAGAAACACACUCUUGCAGGCAGUGUUCACACGUGAAUUUAAUUACCCUGUUUUUAGAAGUCAAUGCUUUCUGUUCUAAUUCAGAGUGGGCUUUUUUUUUCUUCUCCUUUUUCCAAUUAACAGAGAGGCCACAGCCUUUUAAUUUACCUUUUAAAUAAAUAUAACGAGUGAGAGAUACCCUCCUAGGUUGGGUUAAGCUAAGGAGUGAGAGAGAAGUCAAUGUCCAGUGCUCCUCCCUGUUUCGAUUUCUAGCCCUGGACUUGAGCUGGGGGCCCUCUCGUUCUGGCUUUAUAACUCUGGUGAGCGACCACCAUAGGGUGGGUAACUGGUAACUGAGGUGACCCGGGCAGACAGCCAGGAAGGAAGGCAGGAGCCCUGGACUCAUACUGUAUCAGGAGCCCCUUUGCUCCACUAGUGAGGGUCUGCCAGCUCCCAUCUCUUGGCCAGGGCUGCCCGGUGGUGCUCCCAGUUCACUUUCCGUGGACUCUGCCUGGCCUUUUUCUGCAGCUAGGAUUGGGGAGCACAGGGAGGCUGACGGAGCCUUCAAGGUCUCAGUGCAGUGCUGGGUGCCUGCUGCUGGCGAUUCUGGGUGGGGUACAAAAUGUGUGGGAGCCAGGGCACUGCAUAACCAGGUGCUCAAGCCCUUGGCCACCUGGAACCUCUGGGCGCUGGCUCCCAGGCCAGUCCUCUGAGAGGCUUUCGCUAGAGGCGGGGGUGAAUGGGGCGAACUUGGAAGCUGCCUGGGUACCCCAUGGCCCAACCAGAUGGAUUCCAAGGAACCAGGAGAGGCAGUGCAGGCCUACCACCGCAGUCCUUGCUGGUCCUUGCUGGGCCCACAGUCCAAAGGCGCUGGUGAUUCUGCUUCGUAAGGUCACUGCGUUGAAUUUGACUUUUAGCAAGUGAGUGGCCGGGCUAAAUUCUCCUCUCCAGGGACCACAGGGAUUAUUUAGGGGGGGGGGCGCCAACCAAACACAACAGUCUAGUUUAACCUUUCCAAGUCCUCGUAAAUUUUUACAGCUGGGAGCCACAGCAAGGCGAGGCAAACGAAUCUGUGGGUCGUACCUAACUACCCCCCACACCAGCUCCAACCCUGCCUGUGUGGCUUCUGCAACAGUCACUCCUUACGAAAUAUCAUAAAUAUAGAUUUAAAUACAGUAGAGCGAGAAUGCGAUCUGCCUGCUCUCUCUCUUUCUUUUUAUGGCUUCAAUUAUUGUCUAAUUUUAUGUGAGGGGCUCAGCCCGAGGCGCUCGCAUGCGGGCCCCGCAUCUGGCUGGGGGGCGUGAUUAAUUGGGAUCUAAAAUAGUCCGCUUAGGAAGAGGGUGUCUGGGUGGUGGUGAGUGAGAGAGAGAGAGAGAGAGAGAGAGUGUGUGUGUGUGUGUGUGUGUGUGUGUGUGUGUUGGGGGGGUGUCCCCAGGCCAGGCUGGAUUUGAUCUUUUAAUCUUCGUUGGCCACAAUUAAAACCGAGCCGAUCGCGAAGCGCCACGAUCCCUUUGCAUACAAACAUAUGGCUUUUGCUAUAAAAAUUAUGACUGCAAAACACCGGGCCAUUAAUAGCGUGCGGAGUGAUUUACGCGUUAUUGUUCUGCCGGGCGGGCACGUGACGCGCGUGGCCAAUGGGGGCGCGGGUGCCGGCAACUUAUUAGGUGACUGUACCCCCCCCCUCCGGUGCCACCAAGUUGUUACAUGAAAUCUGCAGCUUCAUAAUUUCCGCGGGUCGGGCCGGGCCGGCCACGGCGAUGGCCACCACCGGGGCUCUGGGCAACUAUUACGUGGACUCGUUCCUGCUGGGCGCCGACCCCGCCGACGAGCUGGGCGCCGGGCGCUACGGGCCGGGGCCCCUGGGCCAGCCCCCCCGGCAGGCCGCCGCGCUGGCCGAGCACCCCGACUUCAGCCCGUGCAGCUUCCAGUCCAAGGCGACAGUGUUCGGCGCCUCGUGGAACCCGGUGCACGCGGCGGGGGCCGGCGCCGUGCCCGCCGUCUACCACCACCACCACCCCCCCUACGUGCACCCGCAGGCGCCCGUGGCCGCGGCCGCGCCGGACGGCAGGUACAUGCGCUCCUGGCUGGAGCCCGCGCCCGGCGCGCUGUCCUUCGCGGGCUUGCCCUCCAGCCGGCCCUAUGGCAUUAAACCUGAACCGCUGUCGGCCAGAAGGGGCGACUGUCCCACGCUUGACACUCACACUCUGUCCCUGACUGACUAUGCUUGUGGUUCUCCUUCAGUUGAUAGAGAAAAACAGCCCAGCGAAGGCGCCUUCUCCGAAAGCAAUGCUGAGAAUGAGAGCAGCGGAGACAAGCCCCCCAUCGAUCCCAGUAACCCAGCAGCCAACUGGCUCCACGCCCGCUCCACGCGGAAGAAGCGCUGCCCUUACACCAAGCACCAAACACUGGAACUGGAGAAGGAGUUUUUGUUCAACAUGUACCUCACCAGGGACCGCAGGUACGAAGUGGCCCGGCUGCUCAACCUCACCGAGAGGCAGGUCAAGAUUUGGUUCCAGAACCGCAGGAUGAAGAUGAAGAAAAUCAACAAAGACCGAGCCAAAGACGAGUGAUACGUCUGGAGUUCAUUUAACUGAAAGAGAGCAAGGGAGCGAGCGAGCGAGCGAGCGAGCGAGCUAGAGAGAAAGAGAAAAGCAUGCCCCGUUUUCUUCUCUAACCCUUCCCCUUCACAAAGCAGCUCUAACCUCCAGGCCUCAUCAGACCUCUUGACAAACCCAACUCAGGCUGGCUCCCAGGCCAACUGUUUUUUUCCUUUCUCUUUCUUUCUUCCUCUCUUCCUUUUCUUUCUUUCUUUCUUUCUUUCUUUCUUUCUUUCUUCUCUUCUUCUUUUUCUUUCUUUUUUUAUGAAGGAGGUAUAGUAAGCUUUCCAUUUUCUAUAAGAUGGGGAAAGGGGGAGGGGGCAGUAGCACUGAUGGUUAUGCGUGUUAGCUUGUAUAUAUAUAUUUUUGAGAAUCUACCUGUUCUUGACUUAAACAAACAAAAAAAACUACCUUUAAAAAAUAAUGCACAACUGUUGCCAGUGGGCUGUAUAGUUGUUUAUUUUAUUAUUAUUUUUGUCUGUGUGGAGUUAAUUUAAUUUGCUCUUCAUCUGGCAGAGCAGUCUGCCCAAAUACUUGAACACUGUGUUUUAUUGUGGUGAUUAUGUUUUGUGACUCAAACUUCUGUGCUGGGUGAUGCACCCGUCGUGAUUGUGAAACCUAGAAUUCAAUGGAAACUCAGGUUGUUUAUGAGGGAGGGAAACAGUUGCAUAGGGUAUAGCUCUGUAGUGGGAUAUGUCUUCUAACUAGGCUGUUAACCUUUGAUUGUAAAGUAGCUGUAAGAAUUUCCCAGUGAAAUUAAAAAAAAAAAAAGCCUGAAAAAUAAAGCAUUCCUCUGGAUGCAUUGACUCCUGGUGUUCACCACUUGGAAAAGUUUAGGCAUUCUCAUGCCUCCAAGCUCAAUCCUCUUGUUGUCCAUUGUAAGUGUAACCCACACGUAAAAGAGAAAGCAACUAGGAGAGAGUCUGAAUACUGUUUUUGCACCAGACAAGCCGGAAAUUCGGAGCUAUACAUAUGUGCGGAAGGUUACUACCUAAAGUUUAUGUUUAAUUUUAAUGGGGGGGGGAGUUUGAAUGCUGAUUGUAAUGAAGCUAAUUUUAAUGAUAAUAAAUUAUACAAUAUGGAAUCUC